CUCCCCCUCCCCCAGUUCGACGAGAUGUCUACUCUCCGCCUCGCCCAGAACCAGCCCGACGUGGGUAUAUCCCAAGUAACUGGGGUCAGUCGAGAGCCAGGCAGAAUCACGCCCCUCGCUACGAAACUGAUCCGCGACCCAUUCGUGGCCAAGCGCAGGAGUUCGCUCGCAAUCAACCUCAAGAGCAGCAAGGCAUUCGUCACGAAGAGGAAGCCUCUCCUAGGCGGCAACCGUCUCUACCUCUUCGUAGGCCGCAGACUGACGAAGAACCCAUUCGCCCGCCAGCAGUACCGCAAGAGAAGACAGAGUCAAAGCCUCUCAGAAGAGACGUCCGCAGCAGCUCGCAAACGGAGGUUCCUCCGGUCCAAGAAGAGGGCAGAAGGGGACCAAGCACCAGGCAAGCCUCAGAACCGAGGAUGGAAGCUCUUCCAGUCCAGCAAAGCGAAGGCAUCAGGCGGCAGUCAACAGAGGGAGAGCGCGGACAAGACGAAAAACGCAGACCGUCGGCUACUCUCGAGACUCCUACUCAAAGCCCGCCGGAACAAGAGCCAGAAUCAAGAAGGCGGUCGUCAGCGCGAGGCGGCCAGUCACGCAGCAAAGAGCAGAAAGCAGAGGAGAGCCCGCAAGAAGAUUUUGGGGAUGCGUAUCCCGAACCUCGGCCGCAAGACGGAGGCGACGCCCGCCGCCACAGUCUCGACGGCGGUAGUCCCGAGGGAAGCAGACCUUCUCUCGACCUCUCGCGAGAAGCUGCCGCUCCCACCGGUAGAACCGAUCGUCCGCACACGAGUUCCAGAGCCACCCCAGAUUCCGCUCGAAGAGACUCUACCGAGGAUCCAGCCCGACGACGAUCCUCAGUUCAGAGAUCGCCAGAGGCGGCGCCCGUCACGCGAAUUACCAUCUCACGAACGGGAACGCGAAGAGAUUCAACGCGAGAAGCAAGGAAUCCCUCGCGAGCGUCAACCCCUCGAGAUACAGCAAGGAGAGCGUCUAGCCCGGGAGAGGGUUCCCGUAGAGCACCACCGGGUUCCACAGCAGCGAGUCGAAGACCAUCAACUACGCUCGAGAGAAGCGGAACAAGACGCAGAUCAUCUGCCCAGGGAUCAGACGCGAGGCCCGCGACCCCCUCGCGAGCGCCAACCCGCCGAGAUACCACAAGGCGAGAGUCUGCAGCGGGAGAGGAUAAUCCAAGAGCACGAGCGGACUCUACCACAGCCUCGAGAAAGCCGUCAGCUACACUUGACCGAGCAAGAACAAAACACGUCUCGUCAGGCCAGGGAUCAGACACGGGACCUGGGACUCCAUCGCGAACGGCAACAGCUCCAGGAAGAGCGCCCACACUCCGCUCGAGAACGCCAACGGCUCCAGCGAGAACGCCGACGGUCGCUUCCCAGCUCAGAGAUGCAGAGCGACGGACGUCAGCGACAAAGGACUCGUCAGACGCGCGAACCAGAGACGAGGGAGUCGGACCGCGAGAGGGAGAGGCUCCCUCGCGACCGGGAACAGGGUUACGAGAGAGACAAGCUCCAUCGCGAGCGGCAACUGGACUACGAGACGGACAGACUCCCUCGCGAACGGGAACCGCGCGAAAGGCAGAAGAUCCAAGCACAACAACAGCCCCAGGGUCCCGACCGCAACAGAGACAGGCUUCUUCCCCAACGCCAGCGUCAACGCCAGGGCAGCACGUCGUCUCGAGAAAAGCGUCAGAACCAGACAAUAGCGACCGGCGUCGCCGCUCCACAGCCCCAGCGCCCGGUUCAGCUCAACCUGCAAUACCAGCCUCAGAACCAAACUCCGUCCCGCAUCCCCAAACCGCAACGGACGCCUCCUCGCGCAAGCCCUCCACAUCCCGCCGCCCCUCCACAGCUCCUCGCGCUCUCGCUAGCCAAGACUCGUUCUUCCCCUCUUCAGACACGCCGUCGCCUUCUCCAGCAGGGCAACAACGAGGAAGGUGGAAUUGGGGACGUGGAGACCGGCCAGCCGGAACGCCGGUCACGGAGCAGAGAGCGCAACCGCCAGUUACACCGGCUGCAAAGGGAACCACAGCAGCAGCGGGAGUGGGAGAUAGAAGGCAGGGAAGUCCAGGGAAGGAUCAGGGGAGACAAAGAAGUUCCCCGAAAAACAAGGGGCGAGAGGGAAGUCCAGGGAAGGACGCAGGAAAGGGAAUUGUUGGAAGGGUCGGAGCGAAGGUUGCUCAGGGGCCAUUGACUGGAGGCUUAGGCUUGAAGGGACGGUGGGGAUGGGGGUGGGGAAAGGGUUGAGACAUGGCUGAUUGGGGAGGCGUGAUUACUGUGAUGAUCGAUGAUGGUUGUUGUGCGUGGUGGAUGCGAUGGGAUGCUGAUGGACUUGCUUGUGCACUCCAUUCUUUUCUCUAUCCCUAGGACCUAUGAUCUUUGCUGUUGGUAGCGAAAUGAUGCACUCCAUAUCUUUCCACA